AUGUCUGCUGUUGCUGCUUCACCCAAGGUCGCUAAGGCACCUAAGGCUAAGGCCCCCAAGGUUGCCAAGAAGGCUCCGUCCCACCCGACUUACUCCGCAAUGAUCCGCAAAGCUGUCGCUGAGUUGAAGGAGAAGUCUGGAUCGUCGAAGGCUGCCAUCCUCAAGUACAUGCUUCAACAUUACAAACUCGGAGAGAAUGUUACCAAGAUCAACGCCCAACUCCGAUUGGCCAUCAAGCGAGGUGUGAUCAAGGGGGACCUCAAGCAAGUGAAAGGAAGCGGAGCAUCCGGAAGCUUCAAGCUCGGUGAAAAGAAGGCCGCUGCCCCCAAGGCCAAGAAGCCAGUUGCCAAGAAACCAGCCGGUGAAAAGAAAGCCAAGACCGUCAAGAAAACAAUCGCGAAGAAGCCCAAGGCUGAGAAGAAGGCUAAAAGCCCAAAGAAGGCGAAGGCACCGAAAGCAAAAUCCGCCAAGAAGCCAGCCGCCGCCAAAGCUACCAAGAAGACCACGAAGCCCAAGGUUUCAAAGCCAAAGGCCGUGAAGAAGGCACCAGUCAAGGCCUAA